UCCCGGGCGGGCCGGGCGGGCGGGAGUGUCGCCGACGCCCGGGGUCCCGCCCUCGCCGCGCCCGCCGGCGCCCGCGCUGCUGCCCAGUCCCGGGGCUCCAGGCGCGGCCGCCGCUCUGCCCGCCCGAGGGGCCGCCUGGAGCGCUGGCGCCGCGCCUCGGGCCCGGCUGCGGGGGCGCGGGCCGGCGGGGGCCGGGGGGCCGCCCUCAGCGCCCCCCGCGAGCCGAGGGACCUCGUGACCGAGCCCGCGGGACGGCGGCGGCUUCUCUCCGGGCGUGAGGACAUGCGUGUUGCCCCGUGUCUGUAGCGAUGACCUGCAGCUCAGCCCGGCGGCCGCGACCCACAUGAGACUAUGGGCUGCACCUCCGCCAAGCAUGUCGCCUCUGUCCAAAGCGAAGAGGAGGCCCAGAAGGGGAAGAGUUACCAGAACGGAGAUGUGUUUGGGGAUGAGUAUAGGAUCAAGCCCGUGGAAGAGGUCAAGUACAUGAAAAACGGGGCAGAAGAGGAGCAGAAGGUCGCUGCCAGGAACCAGGAAAACUUGGAGAAAAGUGCCAGUUCAAACGUCAGACUGAAAACCAGCAAGGAGAUUCCGGGCUUGGUGCACCAGCCUCGAGCCAACAUGCACAUCUCGGAGAGCCAACAGGAGUUUUUCCGGAUGCUGGAUGAGAAGAUCGAGAAGGGUCGCGAUUACUGUUCGGAAGAAGAGGACAUGACAUAGCGCCCACGCGACCCCUGGCCCCCCGGAGCGACUACUAUGUAAAUAGGCCACACCCCCCGUGGAACCGUUUCCUGCCAAGGAUUAGUGUCCGAUCCGACGACCCCUCCACGCCGAAGACGAUGGUUCUGUCGCCCGCGCCCCCCCCCCCCCAUCACCGUGCUCCUUCCACACGGGGCAGUGAGUGCUCCCGCCACAUGGACCGUUCUGGAACUUUUCUUGGGUCUCUUCCUGCCCACCCCCCCACCCCCGCGUCCGGGUUCUGGGGUCACCCCGGGAAAGAGACUUGUGCAUUUUGUUGCGGUUCUGCAGCCUGUUUGGGAGUGAGGCCGGGCCAAGCUCUGGAUUCGAAUCCUCGACUUCCCGAGACAGCCGUUCCCCCACCCCUGGGCUCCCGACGCCCCCCCCGGCCCCCCCCUUGGGGCAGCCGGCUCUUGCUUCCUUUGGGGCGUGAUGCUAAGUUUUGGGGGUGGGGAUGGCCAGGGCCUGGGCCUGUCUGCUCUCCGGGCUGACGUGGACGGCCGUGGGAGUCGGGGGAUCUGUGCCCCGGUCGCCGGCUGUGCCCGGAGGAAGUGUGAUUGCAAUCACUCCCCGACUUUUUUUCUAAGAAAAUAAACAUUUUACUGUUUUUAUGUA